AUGGAUCCCUUGUUUGAGGUGACGACUCUUGGGGGCAUGACGUUUAAGAUCAGUCAGGUCCCGAAUAAGAAAUUCUACGGCGUGCAGAAGGGGGGUGGGUCUAUGGCUAUCGCGAGGGCGUAUUCGAAAUACGGCGCUGCGAUUUCUGAUGAUUUGCUUUCCACCAUAGAGGAGAUAUUGAAGGAGCUUGGUUUAUUGGGGAACGCUGGAGCUGGGGCCGGGGCCGGGGCUGGGAAUAACACGACUGCUGAUCCUCAAGGCGAGGUAGCAGCGGUUCCGCAGAUGUUCGAUUCCGAGUAUUUAUGCCCGGUAGAGAUCGGUACUCCGCCGCAGACUUUGAAUCUGGACUUUGACACAGGCUCGUCCGAUCUGUGGGUAUUUAGUUCCGAGACGCCGGGGAUUCAAGUUAUGGGCCAAGACGCCUGGGAUAUUGAGAAGAGCUCGACGGCCCAGCUGCUAACGGGGGAAUCAUGGAGUAUUAGCUACGGCGAUGGCAGCAGCUCCAGCGGUAAUGUCUACUUGGAUAAGGUCUCAGUCGGUAGAGUUACGGUUCAGAAGCAAGCAGUGGAGUCUGCUCGUAACGUCUCGGUGGCGUUUACGCAACGAUCUGAUACAGACGGGCUUCUAGGAUUGGCGUUCGGUUCUAUAAACACGGUUAAACCUACCCGGCAGAAGACUUUCUUCGAGAACGCGAUACCAGAUCUCGCAUCUCCUCUAUUCACAGCUAAUCUGAAGAAAGCAGAGCCGGGCAACUACAAUUUUGGCUUCAUCGAUGCCACCGAGUUUACGGGACAAAUCACAUACGUACCCGUUAAUACGUCCUCCGGCUUCUGGCAGUUUGUUUCGGAUGGGUACUCGAUCGCCGGCUCGAGUGCUGUAUCUGCGCCGCACCAGGCCAUCGCAGAUACAGGCACUACCCUCUUGCUUCUCCCGCAAGAGAUUGCAGACGCGUAUUACUCGCAGGUGCAGGGAGCUGUCAACGACGUAAGGGGAGCAGGGGGGUAUGUCUUCCCGUGUUCCGCCUCGUUGCCGGAUUACACGGCGAUAAUCGGGAGUCACCAGGCCGUGAUCCCCGGCGACUUCAUCAACUACGCACCCGUGGACGGUGACUCGUUCGAGAAUGCGACGACGUGUUUCGGCGGUAUACAGGCUUCGGCGGCAGGUUUCCCGUUUUCUAUUUAUGGGGAUAUCUUCCUGAAGGCGCAGUUCGUAGUCUUCCACGGCGGCAAUAACCAACUUGGAUUUGCUAGUAAGUCCCUGUGA